AUGGCAACCGUAAAAGAUCCAUACGCUACGACGCCCAAGAUCGACUUCAACACAUCGGCCGAUGGCUCAAUCCUUAAGGGCCAAUCCGUGCUUGUAACUGGAGGUGCCAACGGAAUCGGUGCGGGCAUUGCCACUGCAAUCGCUGAGGCCGGCGCCUACGUUACCGUUGCGGAUAUAAACCCGACAGCGGGAGAGAAACUUGUUUCCAGUUUGGCAGACAAGGACCUUCACGUCCAAUUCUGCCACACAGACGUAACAUCAUGGUCCUCCCAGUUGGAAACCUUCAAGCGCGUCCUCUCCUUCUCGCCCUCUAAAACCAUCGACAUCGUCGUCGCCGUAGCGGGCCUAUCCGGCAUAUCCCUCCGCCACUGGCUCAAUGCCCCGCAUACCGAUGGCAACAGCGAGCCCACGCCGCCGCCCACGCGCGUCCUCGACGUUAACCUCACGGGGGUGUUUUACACGAUGCAUCUGGCAUUGCACUACUUCCGCGAAGCCGGUAUUGCUGAAAGUCCCGCGCCCUCGAAGCAGAUUGUCUUCAUGUCUUCGUUGGCGGGCUACUUGGCGCUGCCGAUGUCUUGUGAUUACCAGGCCGCCAAAUUUGGCGUCCGGGGCCUGUUCAAGUCGCUGCGGACCAGGACGGGGGUGCUUGGGGAAGGAAAGCCGAUGUUGAGAUGCAACUUGAUCGCGCCUACGUUUAUCAAGACGCAGAUGACGGCGAUGCUUGAAGAGCCUUUGAAGAAGAUCGAGAUUCCGAUGGCUGAGGUUGCGGAUGUUGUGGAUGGGUGUAUGAGAUUGGUGACGGAUGAGGACGUUGUUGGCCGCGCCAUAGCCAUUGCGCCAAGCCGCGACGGCAAACCCGGCAGCGGAAAUUUUGACCUCUGCGAUGAUUACGAGGGACUGGAUGGGGGAAGGGAGACUUUGAACAAGAUCAGAGACGGGACACUGGGCGGGGAUGCAUUUGCAGAUCUGGGUGUGAUAACCGAUGGACAAGCUUACACUGCCGCGCGGAAGUAG